AUGUAUCAGAAAGCCCUCCUUUUCUCCGCCCUGGCGGCGGCUGCCCGUGCUCAGCAGGCUGGCACUUUGACGGCUGAGACUCAUCCCUCUUUGACCUGGCAGAAGUGUACCGCCGCUGGAAGCUGCACUGACCAGAAGGGCUCUGUUGUCAUUGAUUCCAACUGGCGUUGGCUCCACUCCGUCGACGGUUCCACCAACUGUUACACUGGCAACACCUGGGACUCGACUCUCUGCCCUGACGACAAGACCUGUGCCACAAACUGUGCCUUGGAUGGUGCCGACUAUGAGGCCACCUACGGUGCCACCACCGAUGGCAACGCUCUGACUCUGAGCUUCGUCACUGGUGCCAACGUUGGCUCUCGUCUGUUCCUCAUGGAGGACGACAGCACUUACCAGAUGUUCAAGCUGCUCAACAAGGAGUUCACCUUCGAUGUGGAUAGCUCCGAGCUUCCUUGCGGUCUCAACGGAGCCUUGUACUUCGUCUCCAUGGACGCCGACGGUGGUCUGUCCAAGUACGAUGGCAACAAGGCUGGUGCCAAGUACGGUACCGGUUACUGUGACUCUCAGUGCCCUCGCGACCUGAAGUUCAUCAACGGACAGGCCAACGUCGACAACUGGGAGCCCUCCGACAACGACAAGAACGCCGGUGUCGGUGGCCACGGAUCUUGCUGCGCCGAGAUGGAUAUCUGGGAAGCCAACAGCAUUUCUACCGCUUUCACCCCCCACCCUUGCGACACUGCUGGACAGACCAUGUGCGAGGGCGAUGACUGCGGUGGAACUUACUCCUCCAGCCGCUACGCCGGCACCUGCGACCCCGAUGGAUGCGACUUCAACUCCUACCGCAUGGGCAACGAGACCUUCUACGGUCCCGGCAAGAUCGUCGACUCCAAGUCCAAGAUGACUGUGGUGACCCAGUUCAUCACCAGCGACGGCACCGACUCCGGUACCCUCAAGGAAAUCAAGCGUAUCUACGUGCAAGACGGCAAGGUCAUCGCCAACUCCGCCUCGGAGGUAGCCGAUGUCUCUGGAAACUCGAUCACCACCGAGUUCUGCAAGGCCCAGAAGACUGCUUUCGGCGAUGAGGACAUCUUCACUCAACACGGUGGUAUGUCUGGUAUGGGCGAGGGCUUGGACCAGGGCAUGGUUCUCGUUAUGAGCUUGUGGGAUGACCACUACGCUGGCAUGCAGUGGCUCGAUGGCGAGAAGUACCCCACUGACGCUAAGGACGGUGCUGCCGGUACUGCUCGCGGCACUUGUGCCGCUGGCGCUGGUGACCCUGACAAGGUUGAGUCUGCCUCUGGCUCCGCCAAGGUCACCUACUCCAACAUCAAGGUUGGCCCCAUUGGCUCCACCUACUCUUCUUAA